GAUAAAAUCGAAAUAUAUUCUUGGUAAUACAAGUGAUGUGUCGAUUUUAUAUUGUUAUAAUUCAUAAAUGUGUCGAAACAAAAGAGAAGCACCUCGAUCUUUCCACGGCAAACACUUGACAAUCCUCUCCAUCUAACGUCCUGCAGAUUCUGACCGGAACCCUCCAAAUUCUUGCCCCCGCCGGAUCAUUCUAGAACCCCAUCAGUUCUUUCCCUAUUAUAUUCCCUAUUAUAUUAACCUACCUAGCGUGACACUUCGCAUAUCUUCUUCUCCAACCUCCUCUCUGAUUACACUCUCUCUCCCUUGCAGUGAAGUCUUUCUUUCUCGGUACUGUUUGUCAAAACCCAUCUGAAUUUCACAAAAAAAAUGGCUUCUUCAACAGCACAAAUUCUCGGCGGGAUGGGAUUCGGGUCCUCCCCGACUCCGGCGAGAAGACCCAGUUUCUCCUUCGCCACAAAGACUGUAUUUUUGGGCCAGAAUUUGGGUGAGGGUUCAAAGACGGCGGCUUUCCUGAGGUACAAGCGUGGUCCGGCGAGGAGGUUCUCUGCCGGACCGGUGAGGGUCGUGAGCGAAAAAGUGGUGGGGAUCGAUUUGGGGACGACGAACUCGGCCGUGGCGGCGAUGGAAGGAGGCAAGCCGACGAUCGUCACCAACGCUGAAGGGCAGAGGACGACGCCGUCUGUGGUGGCUUAUACGAAAGCCGGCGAUCGGUUGGUCGGGCAGAUCGCCAAACGACAGGCUGUCGUGAACCCUGAGAACACUUUCUUCUCCGUCAAGAGGUUCAUUGGUAGGAAGAUGUCCGAGGUUGACGAGGAGUCGAAGCAGGUUUCGUAUAGAGUGGUGAGGGAUGAGAAUGGGAAUGUGAAGCUGGAUUGCCCUGUUCUGGGUAAGCAGUUUGCUGCUGAGGAGAUUUCAGCUCAGGUGUUGAGGAAACUUGUGGAUGAUGCUUCCAAGUUUCUGAAUGAUAAAGUGACCAAAGCUGUGGUGACAGUACCAGCUUACUUUAAUGAUUCACAAAGGACAGCUACAAAGGAUGCUGGGCGUAUCGCCGGGUUGGAAGUUCUGAGAAUCAUCAAUGAGCCUACUGCUGCAUCAUUGGCCUAUGGUUUUGAGAAGAAGAACAAUGAGACCAUUCUUGUUUUCGACCUUGGUGGUGGUACAUUUGAUGUUUCAGUGCUUGAAGUUGGUGAUGGGGUCUUCGAAGUACUGUCUACUUCAGGGGACACACAUUUGGGUGGUGACGAUUUUGAUAAGAGGAUUGUCGAUUGGCUUGCCUCUGACUUCAAAAGGAAUGAAGGAAUUGAUCUGUUGAAGGACAAACAAGCCCUUCAAAGGCUAACUGAAACAGCAGAGAAAGCAAAAAUGGAGCUCUCUACUUUGACCCAGACAAACAUCAGUUUGCCUUUCAUCACUGCUACGGCUGAUGGGCCGAAACAUAUCGAGACAACCCUUACAAGGGUGAAGUUUGAAGAACUCUGUUCUGAUUUGCUUGACAGGGUAAAAACCCCAGUUGAAAAUGCGUUGAGGGAUGCAAAGCUCAAUUUCAAAGACCUUGAUGAAGUAAUUCUUGUCGGUGGGUCGACCCGUAUCCCUGCAGUCCAGGAGCUUGUGAAAAAGCUGACAGGAAAGGAACCAAAUGUCACUGUAAAUCCUGAUGAAGUUGUUGCUUUAGGUGCUGCGGUUCAGGCUGGUGUUUUGGCUGGAGAUGUAAGCGAUAUCGUUUUACUGGAUGUAACGCCAUUGUCUCUUGGUCUUGAAACUCUGGGAGGUGUGAUGACCAAGAUUAUCCCAAGAAACACCACAUUGCCCACCUCCAAGUCAGAGGUUUUCUCAACUGCUGCUGAUGGUCAAACCAGUGUGGAGAUCAAUGUCCUCCAAGGAGAGAGGGAGUUUGUCAGGGAUAACAAGUCGCUAGGAAGUUUCAGAUUGGAUGGCAUUCCCCCCGCACCUCGUGGAGUCCCCCAGAUCGAAGUGAAAUUCGAUAUCGACGCCAACGGAAUCCUCUCCGUCUCUGCUGUCGAUAAGGGCACGGGCAAGAAACAAGACAUUACCAUCACUGGUGCGAGCACAUUGCCAAGCGACGAGGUUGAGAAGAUGGUGAAGGAUGCAGAGAGAUUCGCAAAGGAAGACAAGGAGAAGAGAGACGCCAUCGACACCAAGAACCAGGCCGACUCCGUCGUGUACCAGACCGAGAAGCAGCUCAAGGAGCUCGGAGACAAAGUCCCAGCUCCAGUGAAGGAAAAGGUUGAGGCCAAACUGCAGGAGCUCAAGGACGCGAUCGCUGGUGGAGCAACCCAGACGAUCAAAGACGCAAUGGCUGCGCUGAACACCGAGGUGAUGCAACUCGGGCAGUCUCUCUACAACCAACCAGGCGCAGCCCCUGGCGGUGAACCUGGUGCUUCUGCUGCUGCCUCAGAUUCUUCGUCGUCGGGCAACGGGCAAGAUGGAGACGUGAUCGACGCAGACUUCACCGACAGCAAGUGAGCAGAAGGAGUGUGUUUGAUGAUCCAUCCUGUCCUGCAUUUUGCUCCAGAAGAUGUGCAUAUAAGAUGAUUGUUUCUGGUGGAGAGGUUGAUCAAGUAGGGAGUGUGGUAGAGAAGGUAGGAAAUAUGAUACUUCAGUGUUCAGACUGUAGGUCCAAAACCCAGAAUCAAUGAAGACAAACCCAGCAAAAAGAAUUCCGAACGGCAUUGGAACUGGAAAAGAUCAAUCCAACUCGUUUAAUUACAAACAGGAAAUUCCAACACAGAGUUCAACCACUCCAUCAAUUCAAUUCUUCCCGGUUCUUAUUCUUAAUUAUUAUUGUUAUAUGACAAAUGACUCCAUUGCCUGCAAGCAGCAUAUUUAAAGCCAUACCAAGGAACAUAAACUAUAACACUGAUCGGAUCAGGAUCAGCAUCAGCUAAGCUGAUUAUUAAUCAUGGCGACGACGGCCCCGAAUAAGUUUGCGGUGCUGAUGUUGAUAGCCUUGGUCGUCCUUCCUCCCUGCUGUAACGCCUCCUUCUAUAUCGACUUCUUCUGCUUUUUCUACAUUUUAAUUGCCUUACCCACAUGAUAUUCAGAUUUGUACUCUCGAAUCGCUUGCAGGUCUUUGGCAUUCGAGCGAGUCGAGGAGUCUGGCGACCGACUCGUCGCCGCCGGCGGCUUUCGUUAGCAACCGCACGAAGAGCGGUAGUAGUAGCAGUAGUUCGGUACAACUGUGGGACUGUCAGGACAGUUCGAUGGACAGUAUUUGUCGAUCGAAUCAUCCUCGUAUCUGUGACGGUGGAUGUGCAGGUUCUGAUUUGUGUUAUAGCUGUGAGGUGAUUUACGAUUGCGACAAUCGAGUUUGUGGAUGUCACUGUGUUAAUGACGACUAGAAGAGAAGAUUAAAACAUGAAGCAGUCGGUUAUGUUCACUUCUAUUUUCGUUUUUUAUUUUCAUGUCAUGAAUUUGGCAACUGAAACGAGAAAACUUGUUUCUAUUCGUUUCCAACUAUGAAAACAGAAAGUAACAACUUCCUGCUGUUUUCGGAAACGACAAAAUGUUGUUUUCAGUUUUCACCCAUUUUCAACAUCUGUUUUCUAAAAAACAGGAAACAGAAUUGAAAGUAAAGAUUGUCCUAAAGU